AUGCUGUCGCAGCAACUGAUCCUGGGGCAGCUGCAGCCGACCAGGGUUCAUGAACAUCACAGUACGCCCUUGGCAAGUGCCAACACGCAUACCGCCCGUGCGACCGAGCGGGCCCCCAACGGCCCCAGUGCGGCGGGUUGUGUAGCCAGGUCCAGCCUCUGUGGCUUGGCCGUUGUUGCUGGUGCAAGAAGGCGGAGGCUUCCGCGCCAUGCAGGUUCGGAUGUGGAGCAGGCCUCGACAGACACAGGUGGCAUCGUCAAGGUGCCACAGGACCUCUACGAGUUACUGGGUGUGAAUGCUGAUGCGGAUGCCGACAAAAUCAAAAAGGCUUACUAUGACAAGAUGAAGAUCUGCCAUCCUGACAUAGCCGGUGAUGAUGGUGAGGAAGUCUGUAUUCUUCUGAACGAUGCUUACGAUAUGCUGUCGAACGAGGACGAGAAGAAGGCCUAUGACAUCGAGUUGGUGGAACGAAACGGUUCCAAACAGCCCGUGGUCUUUGAUGAAGACCUCUCCCCAACUUGGGAUUGGACUUCCAAGAAUGGCAACAAAAAGGCGAAGCCCGUUUACAACGGGCGGCCGAUGUCACGGUCUCUCUACCACAAAGUGCCACCAGAAGAAGCAGGGCCAAAAUACGACGAGGAAAAGUUUGUCUUUGUUGAUGAAUGGACUUGCAUCGCUUGCCGCAAUUGCUGCGAUGUUGCACCUCGAACCUUCUGCAUUGAUGCAGAUGCUGGACGCGCACGGGUGUUUGCACAGUGGGGCAACGGAGAAGAGCUCCUGGACUACGCGGUACAGUCCUGCCCCGUGGACUGUAUCUAUUGGGUCAGUCGGGAGGAGCUCCAGGUCCUCGAGCACGUCACCCGCGACCGUAUGUAUGAGAUCGGCAACCAGCCGCCAAAUUCCAUGACAGGCAUCGGCUCAGGAAUGGCCGACCCCUUCAGCAUGGCAAUGAGCUUCAUGUCCAAGCAAGCAGACGAGAAACGCCGCCAGCAGGCUUUGGGCGCAGGCUCAGCGGAGUUCUCCGCCAUGCAAGAAAGGAUCCGCGAACUCUUUGGCAGGCUCAGUGAGAGGCUGCGAAUGGCUGGUUGGGGCUGA